UCUUCUUCUUCUUCUACUUCUUCUUCUCUCUCCACAUGCUCUAUAAUCUAUAUAAAUACACACAGAAGAGGAAGCUAAAACACACAGAAAAUUUGAGAAAACAAAAGACUCAAAAACAAAGUGACAGUUUUUAUGAUAGCAAUAGCUCAACGGUUACUAUUCAAUUCAUAUACACCAAUAACCCAAACAAGAACCACAACAACCACCAAUUGUAUCAGAAAAAUCAUGUCUGCAUCAGAUCAAAGUUCAUGUUUUAACAGACCCAGAUUGACUGUCAAGAAGGUCUUAGCCAAGCCUCAACGCGAGGGUGAUGGUGCUGUUGUUAGGAGAAGUAUUGGAAGGCCUGAGUUGAAGUCUUUGGAUCCAUUUCUCUUGUUGGACGAAUUCGCAGUUUCAUCUCCUGCUGGAUUUCCUGAUCACCCACACAGAGGUUUCGAAACUGUCACAUAUAUGUUACAGGGGGCUUUCACUCAUCAAGAUUUUGCAGGGCAUAGAGGUACAAUCCACACCGGUGAUGUGCAGUGGAUGACAGCGGGUAGAGGGAUAAUUCAUUCAGAGAUGCCUGCAGGAGAAGGAAUUCAAAAGGGUUUGCAACUAUGGAUCAAUCUAGCCUCAAAGGAUAAAAUGAUUGAACCGAGGUAUCAAGAAUUGCUAAGCGAGGACAUAGCAAAGGCGAAAAAGGAUGGGGUUGAAGUGAGGAUAAUAGCUGGAGAAGCUAUGGGGGUGGAGUCUCCGGUUUACACAAGAACUCCCACAAUGUACCUCGAUUUCACUCUAAGACCGGGAGCUCAGCUCCACCAAAGCAUCCCUGAAUCUUGGAAUGCUUUUGUGUACAUAAUCGAAGGUGAAGAUGGUGGGGUGUUUGGAUCAUUCAACUCUUCUCCGGUAAUGGCUCACCACGUGUUGGUGUUGAGCCCUGGAGACGGUUUGAGUGUGUGGAACAAAUCAUCUUCCAAACCGUUAAGAUUCGUGUUGAUUGGAGGACAGCCACUUAAUGAACCAGUUGUUCAGUAUGGACCAUUUGUGAUGAACACACAAGCUGAGAUUGAGCAGACUUUUCUAGACUAUCAGUACUGCAAGAAUGGUUUUGAAAAUGCUAAACAAUGGAGGUCUCAAUCAAUGGGUUAAAAGCCAAAAAACAUUUUAGCACACGAAAAAAAAAGGGCAUACCAUAUUUAUCUAUUUAUCUAUCGCUGUCGAUCACCAUCUUCGUCCAAUACAGAGCAAUCAAGUAUGAGCUGGAAAAAGAAAGAUUUCGUAGUCAAUGGCCAGAAUCAAAAGCUUCUAGAAGCUUCAAAAUUACAGCUGCAGCAGUAGCAGCUAAUGUGUGUUUUCUACUCAAGUCAUGAUUGAUCGGCUAAUCUUGCCUGAUCUUUCUUUUAAAAUUGCUCUCUUUUCCUUUAUCUUUUUCUUAUUUUGUUGUAAUUUUUCCGUCAUUUAGUGAUGUCCUUCCUUCCUUGUUCAAAGUUGAUUAUUAUUAUUUUUUUAUGUCAUUUGAAUUGUUUGA